AUGAAUGCGAAUCCUUUACAUUUGCUUUUAGCCAUUGUGGUUACUGCCAGUAUUACCGACAUUCAUGCUUAUCGUAAAGGCCAUUUCGACAGACCUGCUGAUGAAAGUGACACAAACCCAGGAAUGAACGACUUCCAUUACAAUGAUCCACGUGAUAAAAUGGACAUUUCUUCCGAAUACGAUAUCGAACAACUCUGCUCAUUAAAGGAUAGUCUCGUGCAAUACUACGAAGAUAACUGCAUGCGCAGUAACAGUCAAUCCUUCGACAAUCAUCCUGGUGAAAAUGAAGUCAUCGAGAAUCAUUUAGACGUUCAUAUACAACACAUGUGUACAGUCAUAUAUAACUUUUUUUACUUUCAAAUUCAACAAUGUAUGGGCAAAUCAAGUCAAUCCUUCGACAAUCAUCCUGGUGAAAAUGAAGUCAUCGAGAAUCUGAUUGGGAAUGCUCUAGGAUUUCAACUUUCUGACAAAUAUGGAGAUCGUCGAUUUAAAAAUCGAAAUUAA